AUGGAACUAUAUACUCAGCCAUCAAUCUUUCGUAUUCUAAAAGUUUUUCAACUUUUAUUCGCUUUUACAUGUCUAGCCUUAGAAAUAACCCAGUUUGUAGCAUCUUCAAAGUAUGAGCCGUUAAUGUUGAUACGCCUUGAGGAAUUCGGAGCCUUCAGUAACCCUGGGGUAAAAAUAUUUUUUUACGUGGUGAUCCCACUUACGAUAGUUGCUGUUGGAUGGUAUUUAAUAUAUUUCAAUUUUUAUUGGAGGAAUCCAUCAACUUAUAGAGAUAUAGGAAUAGAUGGCUUUUUUUCUAUAUUAUGGGUAACUGCAGGGUUGACAAGGUUAUAUCCGGUGUACUACAACCUUAAUCCUAAAUGUCCCAAAUCAGAAAAUUUCGCUUACGAAAAACAUUUAGUAUGUAGCACGUAUAUAGCAAGCUUGUCAAUUGGAUGGGUCAACGCAGCAUUAUUCGUAAUAUCAACAAUAUUUUCAUUUAAACUAUCAAAAGAAUUAGAAUGGAGGGGAAACAUAAAUUCAUUAAGUAGACGACAAUCUACUUCAAGUCAAUUCAGUAGGAGGAAUAGCUCUCGAAGGAGUAGUACUCGAAGAUCCUCAAUUCGAUAA